AACACACAUAAAAAUUCCCUCUUUCAUCUUACUCUCAUUUUCAGCCAUUUUGUUUUUUUUCAAAAGAGAAAUCUCAGAUCUGCAAUUACCUCCCAUGGCGUACUCGUUCCCUGAGGAGGUCCUGGAGCACGUGUUCUUGUUCCUGAGCUCGGAUAAGGACCGGAACGCGGUUUCGCUCGUGUGCAAGUCCUGGUACGACAUCGAGCGGUGGUGCCGCCGCCGGAUUUUCGUCGGGAACUGCUACGCGGUCUCGCCGGAUAUCGUGAUCCGUCGGUUUCCGGAGGCCAGAGCGUUGGAAAUGAAGGGGAAGCCGCAUUUUGCUGAUUUCAAUCUCGUGCCGGAGGGUUGGGGUGGGUACGUGCAGCCGUGGAUCAAUGCGAUGUCGGCAGCGUAUCCGUUGCUGGAGGAGAUCAGGCUCAAGCGGAUGGUGGUUACUGACGAGGGCCUCGAGCUGAUUGCGAGAUCGUUUAAGAAUUUCAAGGUUUUGGUGCUCUCGUCUUGUGAGGGGUUCACCACGGACGGCCUCGCCUCGAUUGCUGCUAAUUGCAGGAAUCUUAGAGAACUAGAUUUGAGGGACUGUGAUGUGGAGGAAAUCAGCGGGCAUUGGCUUAGUCAUUUUCCUGAUAACUGCACUUCUCUUGUGUGUCUCAACAUUUCCUGCUUAGACUCAGAGGUCAAUUUCUCUGCCUUGGAGCGUCUAGUUGCUCGAUGCCCCAAUCUUAGGACUCUUAGGCUGAGUCGUUCUGUGCCCCUUGAGAAGCUCCCUAACCUACUCCACCGGGCCCCACAGUUGGUCGAAUUAGGUACAGGUGCGUAUUCAGCUGAGAUCCAGUCCGAAGUAUUCUCAAGUUUGACAGAAGCAUUUUCGUCCUGUAAGCAACUCAAGGGCUUGUCUGGCUUCUGGGAUGUUGUACCAGCUUAUCUUCCGGCCAUGUAUUCAAUCUGCUCUGGAAUUACAUCACUUAACUUAAGCUUCGCUGGAGUUCAGAGUCCUGAACUCGUUAAGCUUAUUUGUCAGUGCCGGCAUCUACGGCGUUUAUGGGUUCUGGAUUACAUCGAGGACACAGGUCUAGAAGCUCUUUCCAUGUCUUGCAAGGACUUGCAAGAACUCCGCGUGUUCCCUUCCGAUCCUUUCGGCGCCGAACCAAAUGUCCCCUUAACCGAGCAAGGCCUCGUCUCCGUAUCUCAAAACUGCCCCAAGCUCCAAUCCGUCCUCUACUUCUGCCGCCAGAUGUCGAACUCCGCAUUAGUCACCAUUGCCCGAAACCGACCUAACUUAAUCUGCUUCCGCCUGUGCAUUAUCGAGCCCCAGGCCCCAGACCACCUGACUCUCGACCCACUCGACGCCGGUUUCGGAGCCAUUGUCGAGAGCUGCAAGGAGCUCAAGCGGCUCUCUAUGUCCGGUCUCCUCACAGAUCGAGUUUUCGAGCGUAUUGGAACUCAUGCGAAGAAACUCGAGAUGCUGUCCAUAGCCUUUGCUGGAGAAAGUGACUCGGGCCUUCAUCAUGUUCUUUCGGGCUGCGAGAGCUUGAGGAAGCUGGAGAUUAGGGAUUGUCCGUUUGGGGAUGGCGCCUUGCUGGCGAAUGCUCGGAAGCUCGAGGCAAUGCGAUCCCUUUGGAUGUCGUCUUGCUUGGUUAGCUAUGGGGCGUGCAAGCUGCUUGGCCAAAAGAUGCCGAGGCUGAAUGUCGAGGUUAUUGACGAGAGGGGUUUGCUGAAUACGAGGCCCGAGAGUUGUGCUGUCGAGAAGCUGUAUCUUUAUCGGACGGUGUCUGGGAGGAGGAUGGACAUGCCGAGUUUUGUGUGGACGAUGGAUUAGAAUUCUGGAAUGAGGUUUGCUUGAGCAGGAUCUAUUUAUUUUUUUAUUCAUGGUGUAAAGAGGCGAGAAUUCGGAUACACUCGGUGAAUCUCUGUAUUUUUGUUUUUCUCUUCUGAUAUGAACUGUAUACUAUUUGUAGACUUUUGCAUGUUAGGUGACGGGUUGCUGGUUGUUUGUAGAAGGAAGUCUAUUGGAUUCGGUUUUCAUCAUGAGAUAUUUCAGGUAAUAAUUAGUGUAUCAUUUGACACACUUAAUAAGGACUUAAAAAUGUAGUGAACUAGUUUUUUGUGUUUUAUGAGCUUCCCUGGUUGUAUGUUUCUGUGUAGAACAGGAAAAUAAUGUGGGAAGUCUAAUUUAAUGUGAGACAUUUGUUGAAAUCUGCUCCAUUUUGGCCAGUUUCUUGGUGAAGAAUCUGUAUCUUUUGGUUUUUUCAUGCUAACCAUUUUAUGUGAUGGAUCAACUCCAAUUCAUCACUAAUCACUAUACUUCCGUACAUGUUAUCUCGGUUAUUUGUUAAAUUCAACACGCGUCAUCUGGUUUUUCACUACAUUUAUGCAAUACUCGAUAUGAUUGUGUGCCUUUUGUGGUGAUUUGUAAUAUCUAUGCAAGUCAUCGUAUUGCUAAAAUGUGAUUUCUAAUACCUACGAAGUCGUGCUUAAUGCUAAAAUGAUUUACU